AUUGACCUUUUUUUGACCGUUGAAUGACUUGAGUUUUUGCGCGGUGCAAUUCAGGUCUCUGGCAAUUUUUAUAGCACCCUUGAAGAUGUCUGCGGUUUUGGUCUUAUGGCUUAUGUGUGGCUUCCUCGCUAAUCUUCCAACAGCUUUCAGCCGACCACGAUGGCUUAUCUAUGGAUCUGGGUCUGGCUCUGGUUCUGGAAUUGAAGCAGACGUAUCAGCAAAGAGGCAGUCAUCAGGAUGUGGGAGUUUUAACUAUGCUAAUAACACGUUGGUAAGUCCCGGAUACCCUUCCUACUAUCCAACCAACACAGACUGUGAAUAUUGGGUCCCCAUCCCAUCAGGCAUGGCGAUGAGAAUCGAUUUCGACGCCUUUGACGUGGAGAGUCACUAUAGUUGCAACUGGGACUAUUUGAAGAUCUCCAACGAACAAAACCAGACAUUUGGCAAAUAUUGUGGCGUUAAAGAUGGAUUUCACGUCAUUGUAACGGGAGACUAUGUCGUGCUGAAAUUUCACUCCGACUGUUGUGUUACACGGCCUGGAUACUUGUUAUCUUUUAAUGCUUUCUCGAAUGCUACCCAGCCUCCACCCACUACAUUUCCGACGGCUCCGACUACAGCUGGUCCUUGUGGAUCUGUGCAAAACAACACUCUUCUUAGUCCCGGAUAUCCAAGCUAUUAUCCAAAUAACAUGGACUGUAAUUAUUGGGUCUACAUUCCAUACGGCAAGGCGUUGCAAAUUUACUUUGACCAUUUCCAAGUGAACGAUUGCGGCUAUGACUAUUUGAAGAUCAGCAACGAGCAAAACCAGACUUUUGGGUCUUUCUGUGGACACAAAACUGGUCAGUCUGUCAUAGUAACUGGAAUGUAUGCUGUUUUAACCUUCCAUUCAGAUGGCAGUGUUAAUGACAAAGGGUACAAGCUGAUUUUCUCAUAUGUUUCACAAGCAAUUUCGUCCACAGCACCACCAUACACGACCCCUCCCUACCAAACCCCGACUUAUCCUGUACAUAAUGCCACGACAACACCAAGCGGUUGUGGGUACGUGCAGAACAACGAACUUACCAGUCCCGGAUAUCCAGGCUACUAUCCAAAUAACAUGGACUGUUCUUAUACGAUCUACAUUUCCUACGGCAAGGCGUUGAAAAUCGACUUCCAAUUUUUCGGGAUCAGCGAUUGCCCGUUUGACUAUGUGAAGAUAAAAAAUAAUCAAAACCAGGUUGGCACUUUCUGUGGAAAUAGAACUGGCGAGGUUGUUUAUGUAACUGGGUACUAUGCUGAGGUGACCUUCCAUUCAGACGGCAUUAUCAAUGGCCAAGGGUACAAGUUGGUUUUCUCACAGGUUCCACAAGCAAAUGUCAGUACAUCGGCUCCAUGGCCACCAUACACGACAUAUCCGACUUACGCUACGCCGAGCAAACCGUAUCCCUCCUACUAUCCUAGUAUGGGUCUGAAGUGUAAACUUCAAACCUACAUCCGUAUCUUGCAGAUUGUACUUAACGAGAUGGACAACGUUGUGGAAAACGAAUUGGGCAGCAAGUUCUCAGCCAGGGAAUACAAAGUUCGUGUCAAGAGGGCCCUCUCUAAUGUACAAAUGGCCAGGAAUAGGGUAGGUCGACAGAAACGUGACGUCAGAGAAGUACGUAUGGCUGAUGAACUGGAGAAAAGGGCAACCGAGUUGUUGAAGAGACUGGACACCGAGGAAGCUCAAUCCAAGAUGCGUGCUUUGCUGAACAGGAAUAUGGUCGAAGCAAGGCCCAAAAGGGCACCGAUGGAAGCUUACUAGUGGCAGAUCAGAUCCAGAAACGGCUUGUCAUGGACUGGACCACAAAAAAAGCCUAAAAGAACCAAGGAAAAAGUAGAUCUUAUCGACAAAACGAGGCAGAAAUAAAAAAAAGGAAUUCUUGUUCCGAAAAAAAAAGAAACUCGUUAUAGUUUUAGGAUGGGGAUUUAGCCAUAUUUCGUUUACAUGCGAAAAACUAAAUAAAGGAAUGCAAAGUAUCA